GAGAAGUUCCCCUUUUAACCUUCACAGUCCUCCAACACUUCCCACUCCUGUUUUUCCUUAAACUCAUAAUUUCAUAGAGAGAAUGAAGUUCAUCACAGAGAAUGUUAUUAUGCCUUUCAGGAAUAGAACAGGAUCUUGCAGACAGGCUCUAAAAUCUGUCCUGCUUUAUCUCUGGGAUGUUUACUCUGCACCUACACCUGCUGGCAGAGACGUCCUGACUCUGCUGUCUCUCUGUUUCACACUUGCCAUCAUCACUGGUGGCCUGCUUCAUCACUGGCUGUCAAAGACUCUGAAAUACAACCAUGAAGCGUCCAUUCAGAUCGCCUGCAUCUACAGUGUGGCCAUGUUUGUGGUCUCAUUCCUGUGUCACCCUCUGCGCUGUGUACUGACCAUGAUUCUGCCCACUGUCUGCACCAAACAGGGACGCAAACUCCUCAUCUCAGUCUCUGUCAUGAUUUUAGUUUUCAACAUCGUCCCUAAUAUUACAGUGAAUGUAGGGGCGACUGCACGCAUUCUGAAGUGCACUGCUGAGGGUUUCACAAAGACUUUAUUAAACUCAUCUGAACCUUUGAACAAAGCAAAGCGAGACCUUGUUGAGGAAACCAUCAAAGUGAAGAGGGAAGACUUGAGCAUUGUCACUAACUUGAGGAAGUUAGAGCACUUCACACAUGUUGAUGUGUCAGAAGUCAAAAGCAGAUUUACUAAGAUGAUUGGGCAGAUAGAGGUCAACUUCUCACAUGCCAGAAACCUGCUAAAAGAAUACAAACUACUAUCAAACCGGAUCCUUGCUGCUAUUUUUGUUGCUUUGUUAAUCUUUGAAUCUGCACGCUACUUGAAAUCUUUUCUGACAUCAGUUCAGUUUGAUAAUGGCUACGUCUCCAAAGAGCUCCUGCAAAAAGCGACUCAUGCUGGUAACAAAAGGCCAGCUAAAAAUGAAACUUGUCCCACAAGCUGCAAAAUAACAAGUCAGGAAUGUACCUCCUGUUUCAUAGCACUGGUCGUGGUAACAUUAUAUUUCAUUGCAAUAACUUUAAUAGUAGCUUUGGAUCAUGUUGUGUAUCAUAUAGUUCAGGUGAUUGUGCCGUGGUUUCUGGAUUUUCCACCAACAUCUGCCAGCAUAAGUGUUAAUUAUAAGGUUCAGUGGUUCCCCCCAGCUUUUUGUAUUAUUCCACAAUCCUGUGUCACACGGGAGCUCACAAACUUCCACAGGGAUUACAAGUGGACCUUCAACCCCGAGCCGUUGCUCUGUGAUGUGACAACUUCAGCCCCGAACCUGGGAGUCACACUCCUGCUGGGAUGUCUCUGGCUGAUGAGCUACUCUUUGGUGUUCCUCGAGGUUUAUGCCAGACGGCUGCGCAGGAAAAUCUCUGCAUCCUUUUUUAGAAAGCAGGAGGAGAGGAGAACGGCUUACUUGAUGAAGAAAAUACAAGUGAAGCAGAAUAAAAAAGAACAAAAAGAGACUAUUUCUGUUGAGGUUGCCAGUGGGUGAACUUUCACUGUACAAUGCAAUGCUUGUCUUAUUUUUCUGUUGGUGUUUUUAGCCAUGCUAGUGGCGUGGCUUUAGGGAAGGCAAUGUUCAUCUGUCCCAACAGACCAACAGACUGAAAUAUUACAUGGCUUGCCAUGAAAUGUUGUACAGACAUUCAUGGUCCCUGAAGGAUAAACUCUACUGACUUUGGUGAUCCCCUGACUUUUCCUCUAGCGCCAUCAUGAUGUUCACAUUUAAGUUUUUAGUGAAACGUCUCGACAACUAUUGGAUGAAGUUCACAGACAUUCAAGGUGCUCAGCUGAUGAAUCCUCAUGACUUUGGUGAAACCAUAACUUGUCAUGUAGUGCCAACAACAGGUCAAUGUUUAAUUUGUCCAAUGAAAUCUCUACAUCUACUUGAUGCAUUGGCACAAAAUUAUUAGAUUCAUGGUUCCUACACAGUGUAUGUAAUGGCUUUGGUGAUCCCCUGACUUUUUCUCUAGUGCCUCAUGAGGUUGAUUUUUGUGGUUUUGAGUGAAAUAGCUCAACAAAGAUUGGAUGGAUGAAAUGUUGCAACAUUCAUGUUCCCCUCAGGAUGAAUUGUACUAACUUUGGUGAUCUCUUAAACUUUAAUCCAGCGCCAUCAUCAGGUCAAAAUGUUAUCCACUACUAUGUUAUGUUUAUGUUUAUGAUGAAAUACCUGCAAAACUAAUCACAUUCCCAGCUUCAGUUGUACUUUGUGUUUAGUGCUAAUCAGCAAAUGUUAGCAUGCUAACAUGCAAAAACUAAGAUGGUUAACAUGGUCAAGAUUAUGAGCAUGUUCGCAUGCAAACGUUAGCAUUUAGUUUAAAGCACUGCUGAGGUAAGUACAGCCUCACAGGGCGGCUGGCUGUGGGCUGGUGAGUCUUAGUCUUGUUUUUUUCAGGUUUGUGUUGCAAUGUGCUUUUGCUGAGUUUCUGUUUUAGCAAAACAAACUGAAGAUACAGCAUGAGUCACUGUACCAACACCUUUUCCUCUACAAGCGUGUCAACAGUCGACAGCAUCCCCACACUUAAAGCUGAUGUGGUUUUUGUAUACGUACAACCACAUCCGCUCAGUUUGGAAAUUUUUCACACAAAAGUCACAAGGCACAUGUUUGACUGUAAAUUUUUAUUUUCAUGUAGUGUGUAUGAAUUGUUUUUCUUGUGUGGUUCAAUAUAAAUGUGUUAUUUCUUGUUUUUUUUUUACCCCUCAGCCCCACUAGAUGCCACUAUGGUGCUUUGGACAGAUGAGGACAGAGAAUAUCAAAGUGUGGAAAUGAACAGUAAAAUAUUGAAUCUUACAUUUGUUUUAUAUUGUAUCAGCCUAGAUCAUUUUAAUAGAUUAAAUGAAUCUGUUUCAUGCACACAUCCAAUAAUUCACUAGCCUAUUUUAAUCAGUGUGCCCUUACAAAAAAAAUCACUUCCUUUCUCUGAAAAAGUCCUUUUGCAUUUCAUCAGUACGCUUCUGCCUAAAACUCCUGUGAGGCUUCGGGAGGUUAUUUUAAGACAUCAUCCCAGAAUAAUAAUAGAAUACCUCUUUAUCAUCUAUUUUUAAUCCUAACUUUUUGUACACUUCAUGAUUGUCUCAAAAAUCAGCAGCCUGUGUAAAGAUGAUACAUUAUUGUUGGUCCAUAAAUGAUGAAUUAUUCAUGUAUUUUCUGUUUCUAUGAAUUCUCACAUCAGUGUGUUGCUUACUAUGUGUGUGUGUGCCAGCUCUGGGCUUAUUCUGGUUGGAAAAGCAGUGAACUGAAAGAUUGAUUAUUGUUAAAAUGUAAAUACAAAUGUAACUGUCGACAUCCAAUUUUUCCUUGAUUCUUUUAGUAGAUUUAAGGUUGGGAAAAUCUACUUAUUCUGUACUAUCAUACUGUAUAUGUUCUGUAUCAGCUUGUUCCAGCUCUUCAUUGAAGCUAUAUGAUGU